CUUUGCAGUUAUAAAAAUUUAUUCAUGAGUCUAAGAUAACCUCACAUUAAUGUUAAUUUAAACCCAAUAGGAAUGCUGAAAUUUAGCAGACUUCACAAAUUGAUCACCAAUAGGACUGAGUUAAUAAUCCCUGGGUCAAGACCGAAUGGAUUCAGGGUCGUUAUCACCUCUCUUUUGUGUAAAAUCUUAUCAUCCUCACUUACUUGAGCUCAUUUUGGAUUGAGGAAUAAUUAA